AUCGCUGCCAUCGAAGAGAACAAAACCAAACAAAGCACUAAAAUUACAAUUUGCGAUAAACUUCCCAUUCAAGUGAACCCUAAACCUGUGCCCAUGGAAUGGGUCGCGCCCUCCAAAGCCAUCGAGAAUAUUAUGGAACAAAUCGCUGAUAUGUGGAGCCGAGAGAAGCCAAAGGCUUCGCCCGAUGUGUCGACGCCUAUAAAUAAAAUGAAGAAAUCUGUCUCAAAAAUAUUGAUUUCUCAAAACUCGCCAUUCCUUCGGACGCCAAUCGCUGAUAAUAAAAGCGGCAAAAAAGGCAAACAGUUAUCCAAAACAGUUUAUCCUACGCCUAAAGCCAUUGAAUUGAACGACAGGAGUGCCGCCAAACACAAGUCUAAAGCGAAUGUCGAGCCCUCGACGCGAACCAGAAGUGCUUUAAAAGGAGCGAAACAAACGAAUCAAAUGAAUUCAACGCAAAACGAAUUACUUUUAGUCCUCGAAACGCCUCAAAUCAAACACAAAUCGUUGUCCAAUAAAAGCAAAACUAAUUUAGACGUGAGUUCUGUGGGAAACUAUUUCACUCCGACGUCAAUACUUAAAGUCAAACAAUUGAUGAGACGAUCUGUGAGUCCAUCGCUCACAUCGCCAUCCAUUUCGACUAAAAGUACUCCGAAUAAGACAUUAGAGUCGACUACACUUCAGCAGAGACUCCGGUUUUCAGGAAUUCCUGAAAAUUCUUUCACUGAAGACAGCGUUGAAAACGCAAGAUUAGCGACAGUUAAGGACACGUUUCUAUUGAAGUCAUUGAAAACUACUUGCGAACCAAUCGAAGACUUGGAUGAAUCGGUUCCAAUGGAUGUCACAAAUCAAACCAAUCUCAUUGAAUUUGAUACCACUUUGACUGAAACCAAUGUUAAAUCUGGUGUAGAGACACCAGAAAUGAGAUGUGGUUUAGAUAUCCAGCAAAUGAGAUCUGGUUAUGUCUUCUCUCCCCCACAGACCCGCUCUUCAGCUAAAAAAAUACAACAAAAGAAAGAAUAUAAAAGUGUUGAAAUUGAGAUGUUAUCGGAAACGGGAGAUAAGCCUGAGUUUGCAUUCUCUGCAUUAGAGGAACAGAAAAAGCCGGCAAAACAGAAGAAGAAUAAACCCAAGAAAGAUAAACAGAAAAAAGAGAUACCAAUUGAAUCGGUGGAAAUGGUAGUCGAAGCGGAAGAGUCACUUCCAGCAACUUCUCAAGAGUUAACUAUUGAAUCGCUGGUUAGAGAGACUCCGAGUCGAUCGCCAACACCCGCCUCGUAUGUGGAGGACUCGGACGGGAAGAGUGAUGUAUCGCAGGUGUCAUCCAGUAAGGCGUCCACACGUUCUUCGCGUUCAUCGAGAACUCCAACCAAAAAAACGGUUAAGAAAGGAUCGGUAGAAACGCCAACCCAUUCAAUGAGACUCAGAAGAAGCACUUCUAAACCAACCAAAUAAUAAUAAUUACAACAAUUGAAAUGUUUUCUAAUGAAAAUCCCUUACAAUUAUCACUUGUAUUGUUUCGCUUCUAUUAUAACACGUUUUAGUUUAGAUAAUGAUUUAAAAUUGUC